GACCUUGCCGGACAUUUUCAAUUUCCUGCUCCUUAUUAGUUUAUUUUGCUUUUUUGUUGUCCUUUUUGACAACAUUACGAUGAAACUGAAACAACUUCCCUGCAGAAUCCUACCAGGAAUGAAAGUAUUGGUAAGCACGACUUGUAAUACUACGUAAAUGCACCAGUGACGCUCGUGCUCUUCCACGCCGGUUUUAAAUGUUCUUCAGUAUCCCCCCCCCCCCCGUUUUUUAAAAGAUAGAGAAUAAAGGUCCAAAUCAAGAGCUCAUACAAAGAUUGUAUUACACCCUCCUACGUUUUUCUUUCCCUUUUCCCCCUCUAAAGUCUGAUUGCAUUGUGCUGCGUUCACGCUCUCUGCCUGCCAGUCAGAAAAUGGGGAUUUGUCCUCCCCCCUCCUCGUGCUCCCUCUCUGGUUGCUUGUGGUGAUCCAGUGGAUCUUCCAGUGGAUCUUCCAGUGUGCAGCGAGCCUCCGAGCAGGUCGGACCGGUCGGAUUGUGUCGUGACCGGAUCACACAUUGGACCUACGCUCGCUUGUUUGUUUGUUUUGUAAACUGUAUUUUAUAUUCCCAAUCAAAUCACUUUGCAAGUUUUUCCCCCCUACUGGAUCCUUGUGUACGCCAACUGAUAUCGACACCGACUCUUGGAUCUACUGCUUUAAUUCCCUACAAAAUCCGCUGCAAAUUGAGGAUUUGUGGAUUUUACAAAGCUGCCCCGAGUCAGAUAUUAAAAGGAUUGUGCAGGACUAGACGGGACAUGUGGACUCCACGUUGCAUCCUCUAAAAACUGCAAUAUUAUUGUUAGUUUGGUGGCGUGUUGCAUGAGGCGAGAAGGUAAUGGGAGAGGGCGCACACACAAGAAGGGAGCGUUGUUUGCCUUGCAAGGACUCUCUGCUGGCUUCUUUUGACAACAUCCACUGGAGUUCUAUUUAAAGUCCUGGACCAGCACCCUUUCCCUCUGCACAAGGACCACCGAUGGCUCAUUAGAGUGGAAGACAUGGGAUGUGGACCAAAAUAGUCCAGCUUGGACACUGAGCGCCCUUACUGUGUUUUUGCACCUGACCUCUGACCUCCGUCUUCUGGACCCCAUCCUCAGCAGCCAGCCGUGGACCUGCAGCUUGGCGUCUUUUGUCUUAUUGUGUCCCGGUUCCGAAGUUGGCUCGACAUGGCGUGCCCGUGGGGUGGCAAUGGAUUGUGGGUACUGCUGGUGCUGAUACUGGAUUUACUGGGAACCACGGCCAGCAGCAUGGAGCCCAUCUACUGGAAUUCACUCAACGAGAGGUUCCUGGAUGAUAAGGGCUACAUCCUCUACCCUCAGAUCGGCGACCGGCUGGACCUGAUCUGUCCCCCGCUGGACACGGCUCGCUCCACGCCAGAGUACGAGUUCUACAAGCUGUACUUGGUGUCGUCGCGGGAGCAGGCAGACCGCUGCGAGGUAAUGGGCGCGCCCAACAUCGUGCUGACGUGCGACGAGCCUACGCGAGAACGCCGCUUCACCAUCAAGUUCCAGGAGUUCUCGCCCAACCUGUGGGGCCACGAGUUCAAGAGCAUGCACGACUACUACAUCAUCGCGACAUCAGAUGGGACGCGCCAAAGUCUGGACAGCAUGAGGGGCGGAGUGUGUGCCACGCAGGGCAUGAAGGUGGUCCUUAAAGUGGGGCAAAGUCCAUACGGGCUGCCUCCCAAGAAGGAGACGGCGGGACGCUCCACCAACAGGAACUCAGGCGGGAACUCGACCCAUUCAAGAGGACCCAACACCUUCGGAGGAGCCGAGGGGGGCGGCGAGAACGGCCCCUUGCAGCCAUCCAACAUCGCCCUCAUCGCUGGCGCGGCAGGAGGCUCUGCCUUCCUCCUGCUGGUCACCGCCGUCAUCUGCGUGGUGUGCUACAGGCGGCGGCACGCCAAACACUCAGACACCCACCACCCGCCGCUGUCGCUGUCGUCACUCACCAGUCCUAAGCGGGGCGGCGGCGGCGGCGGCAUCUCCAGCUCCAACAACAACGGCUCGGAGCCCAGCGACAUCAUCAUCCCGCUGAGGACGUCGGACUCGGCCUACUGCCCGCACUACGAGAAGGUGAGCGGCGACUACGGACACCCCGUCUACAUCGUGCAGGAAAUGCCGCCACAGAGCCCAGCCAACAUCUACUACAAAGUAUGAGAACUGGAGUGCAUCCAUCUUGCCCGUCAUCACUCCAGUCCCCAUCCCCUCGCCACAGCUCGGCCCGCCAUCACAACUCAUUGUUCAUCCAGCAAAAUGGAACCACGACCAAACCCAAUCUCACAUUGAGCGGGCUGCCAAGCGUGCAUGAGGGUUCUCCAGCCCUCCCGGAACGUGGCCGGAACAUCUUUGAGCCGCGCCGGAUCAAGGAAACGUUCCCAAAAUGCACCUAGAAGAGCACUAAUGUGGCUUUUGGACUUUGAGAGAAUCAAAAGACGAUCGCUUAGAAAAAUAAAUCAAUAAAAGCCCAGUUAGUGCUGAGGAACUCCCAGUCGCCAUACCUGCCUAGAACCCAGCAGCCCGCCGCUCGGAGCGCCAUCCAACACUCCUUUAGGAAUUAUUUGAACAUAAGGGGAGGCGGAGGAGGCUCGGGGACUCGGCCAAUCAGAAAAGCUGGGACGGACGUCAGUCACAUGACCCGGCCUCUGACACUCAGAAUCUUGUAUAUUUUAAUAAGGCGUGUGUGUGUGUAUGUGUGCUUUACAUGGGCGUGACUGUGCUCUUUAGACUUGUCUUAAAAAUACCAAAACACAAAAUAGUGAGCAGAUAUCAGAAGAAAACAACACAAAAAAAGUUUUAAAAAAAGUAUUUUUUUUAUGGCUAUCAACACUUAUAGAUGAUAUAUAUAAAUAUCCAGUUAAUAGAUGUUUUUCUUUUGUUUUUUAUCGUUUUGUUAUACCUGCUCUUCGCUAAAAGACGAUGCCUCUGUUGCUAGACCUUUUUCUAUUUUGUACAACUUACCCUAGUACAAUCUGCCUUUUUUUUUUUUUUUUAUUAAAAAUGUUAAUUUAAUCCCACGUUCUCAACCCUUUACCCCCUAAGGUGUCUGUAUAUUUUUAUAGCUUCUUGUUCUAUGCUGUAGUGUUCACGUUUAGACCUUGUUUGUGGAAGUGUUGAGGUAGAGCCAUCCAUCUUUCUUUUUGUUUUUGUUUUUUUUAAUUCCAAAUGUUUUGUUUUUUUUCGUUAAAGAGUGGAUGGCAGAGGGGGGUUAGAAAAAAGAACUGAAAGCGGCAUUUGAAUGCGAAAAAAGAGGAAGGACUGUGAUGAAAUUGCACACUAAAAAGGAAAGAGGAUGAAGGAUGCUAAAAGAUGGGGUACAUUCCCAAGGAGUGGAACCAUGCAUCACACACACACACACACGCACACACACACGCACACACAUGCACACACACACACCUACAAAAGCACAUGCAAUCUCCCCUUGGUGUGUUACAUUAUUUGUGCACAUACACGAAUUGCCUAACAAUUGCUUUCAUAUUACACAUUUGUGUCUCUGUGUGUGUUUGUGUGUGAUGGACGAGUACAUGAAAACACAUCUUGCAGCUUGUUAGUGAGGGCUGUGUUCAAAGGCACCCGUGUGCUUGGCAGUUGAAAAAAUACUUUUGUUGUGCUUAAACAUAGCUUUUACGUAAACACACACACACACACCUACAAAACGCCAUGAAACCUCCUCUCGUUGUUACAUAAUUUGUACACACACACACACAUACACACACACACACACACACACACACACACACACACACACACACACACACACACACACACUAGCCAGUUAAGGACUGCUACAUCAACUGCCCCAUUACCUAAUACAUGCUUUCAUGUCAAAAAUGUGUGUGUGUGUAUGAUGGUAGAGUACCUGAAAACACACAAACAGCAGCGGCCUGUGAGUGAGCGCUGCGUUCAAAGACAUGUGUUCCCAUGUGCUUAGGAGUAAAAAAGAAAAAUUGUUUUGUGUUGAUCAAACACAGCUUAUACUGUGUAUGUAAACACACGCCUGCAGACACACAGUGUUGCGUUCAGAGGCGCCGUGUGUUCACAUAUGUUGGCAGUAAUGACAUUUUGUGUUGCUCAAACAUGUUUGUGGCUAAUGUGAACCUGGAUGGCAGUGCCACACACACACUAACACGCACACACACAUACACACACACACACACACACACACUUGCACACUCUAGCGUUUUAUUUGUGCGAUCUUUCCCUAAGUGUGUUUUUGUAUUGGUACCUAACAUCAAUUUGUAUUAAAAUGUGCUUUAAUUGUCACGUUCUGCCAUGUCGAGGAUUUUUGUAGCCUUCUGGAUUGUAUUUGACGGUGAUGACGUUAUGAAAAGAUGACAUUGUGGUCGUGAAUGAGGUGAGGAGGGCAGUGAGGGGGCGUGGGGGGGCUCUCUUUUGUACAAUGUUGUUGUUUUUACGUCCGCCAUCUAUUUAAACAUGCUGGGCGAGGAGCGCGUGGUAACUCGCACGCCCUCCCGAGCCCUCUUUGACAACUUCUGCAACAAUUUGCAAUGCUCCCAGUCAACAUGACUGUGAUCAGCCCAGAAAUGGCUGCAACCUAAGGGGAGACAAAGGAGAGGGAGAGCCAACAACAUAGACUGCAUACUACAUGGUAUUCAUCCACGCCGGACUGCCAUGGUAUGUCAUGUUUCCACAUGGAUGUUAUUCCUUUCACCGCUUUUGUUUGACAUUUCAGCCAGUAAUGAACCCAUGGAGCAGGUUCGCAAGGGGGCCUGGCCCAGAAUCGGUUGGCGAAAACGUGUGUGUAAAUGUGUGUGUUUUUGCCAAUAAGCCCGAGUGGAGGUCUGCAAAACAACGCGCAGCCUAAAAACGUGUGUCUCCUCACCUCGCCUCCUUUCCUCCUUCCUUGUCUCCUCAUCACAGUGACCCCCCCAACCCCCGACACACACCUCUAAAGAGAGGAAAAGAUGAGUACAUUCCUGCCUUGGAAGGGAAAAAAAACGAUUGAAUAAAAAAAUGUUUA